AUGGAUUCAGAGUUUCAUACAGAAUUAAUUUUAAAAGAAGAAACAAUUGAAUCAUCAAAUGAAACUCUGGAAUUCGUAGACGAUAAAAAAGAAGUACUUGGUGGUUCUGAAGGAACAAGUGCUAUUGGAAUCAGACCUAGACCUAUGAUUUGCAAACCUGAGAAUGUAAACAUUGAACGCAAGUCAGAGCCUAUUGAAACUAAAUGGCAGUGGGCACCGGGAGCGUGGCAAGAUGCUACCAGAACUAGUGCUUUUCAACCUUACAAGCCACCGACACUACUCACGAAUUUGCAACGAGGUAAUACCAAGACUGAGAUCCCUCAACUUUAUGCUGACAGUGACAUUACCUUCCAUACCCUGGCAGGACAAGGAGAAUUAACAGCAGACCAUUUAAAAUUAGCCCCCGUAGAUGCUACGGAUAAAAAUGGCUUGACAGGACUAAUGUGGGCUGCUGCUCACGGUCAAUUAGGUACGGCAAGACAGCUGAUCAAAGCAGGAGCUGAUAAAAAUUACAAAGGCUUGAAUGGUGAGACAGCUUUGCAUCUCGCAGCUUCGUAUGGACAUCAUGAUCUGGUUAAAUUGUUGUUGAGUAACAAUGUUGAUCCCAAUGUCAGCGAUGAGGAAGGGAAUACUCCAUUAAUUUAUGGGGCUCAUGGAGACCAUCCUCAUGUUUGUUACGAACUAUUGACACGGGGUGCCGAUCUAACACACCGCAAUAACCAUAAUAUAAGUGCUUACCAUGCAGCGGUGUUGAAAAAAUCUAAUACAGCUAAGGCUGUAAUUGAAAAUUAUAUAAUACAGCAAUGUAUAAAUUAA